CAAAUUCUCCGGUAGCAAAAUGAUGACUUCUAUGUCCAUCUUUCUUCUCUGUUUUGCUUGCCAAAUGUUGGUGUACUUCAUUCCAACAGUUGCUCUUUCUUUGAGCUCAGAGACUGAUAAAGUUGCUUUGCUUGCUUUGAAGGAAAAGCUUACAGACGGUUUACCAGAUUCUCUGCCGUCAUGGAAUGAGUCUUUACAUUUCUGCGAAUGGCAGGGUGUUACAUGUGGUCGUCGUCACAUGAGAGUCUCUGCCUUACAUUUGGAAAAUCAAACAUUGGGUGGUACUCUUGGACCAUCUUUGGGAAAUCUAACAUUUCUCAGGAUACUACAACUUCCAAAUGUAUUCUUGCAUGGUAAAAUUCCAAGUCAAGUUGGUCAUUUAAAGCGACUGCAAAUUCUUGACUUAAACAACAACAAUCUUGACGGAGAGGUUCCUAUGGAGCUCGCUAACUGCACAAGUAUCAAGACAAUUAUUUUGUUCAAGAAUCGACUCAUCGGAAGAAUUCCUACAUGGUUUGAGUCGAUGAUGCAACUUACUGAGUUGAAUCUUGGUGCCAAUAAUUUAGUUGGUACUAUUCCAUCUUCCUUGGGAAAUGUUUCAUCACUCCAGAAAUUAUACCUUGCUGAUCAAAAUCACUUGAAUGGAGGCAUACCUUAUUCUUUGGGUAUGUUGUCAAAUUUGAAACAAUUGACUCUUGGUUCAAAUAAUUUGUCAGGUGAGAUCCCUCAUUCUCUUUACAACUUAUCAAAUAUUGAAUAUUUUGAUCUCGGGGAAAACGAGUUAUUCGGCAGUCUUCCAUCAAAUAUGAAUCUUAUUUUUCCCAAUCUUGUAGAGUUGUACGUUGGGGCCAACCAAAUAACUGGGAAUUUUCCUUCUUCAAUAUCGAACCUUACUGAAUUGCAAUAUUUUGAUAUAGGAGAGAAUUAUUUCAAUGGGCCAAUACCUACUACUUUGGGUCGAUUAGAUAAACUUGAAUUCUUUUAUAUUGGCACAAAUAAUUUUGGUAGUGGAAGGGCUCACGAUUUGGACUUUAUUUCCUCGUUAAUCAAUUGUACUCAAUUGUCAACACUCAUUUUUAGUGGAAACAGAUUUGGAGGUGAAUUGCCUGAUCUUAUAGGAAACUUUUCCAACCAUCUUAGUUGGUUUGAGUUGGGACAUAAUCAAAUAUAUGGAGAGAUACCUGAGAGACUUGGACAACUUAUAGGUUUAACUUACUUAGAGAUUGGAAAUAAUUUUCUUGAGGGAACCAUUCCACAUUCAAUCGGAAAGCUUAAUAAUCUCGUAGAUUUGAUCAUGCAAAAAAACAACUUAUCUGGUAAUAUUCCUACAAGUAUUGGCAAUCUUACUACCUUAUCUGUACUAUAUCUACCCGGCAAUAAAUUGCAAGGAACCAUUCCAUUCACCCUUAGAUAUUGUACCAACUUACAAAAAUUGAGCUUAGCUGAUAACAAAUUGAGUGGUGAUAUAUCUAAUCAAAUAUUUAGCUAUCUAGACAGUUUAAUAUAUAUUUUCUUGGAAAACAACUCCUUGACCGGUCCCAUUCCUUCAGAGUUUGGUAAUUUGAAGCAACUUUCAUUAUUAUAUCUAAACUCAAAUAAGUUGUCUGGUGAAAUUCCUAAGGAUCUGGCUAAUUGUGUAACAUUGAUCGAACUUGGGUUGGCGAGAAACUUCUUGAAUGGAAGUAUACCUUUGUUCUUAGGCUCUUUAAGAUCCCUUCAAAUUUUAGACAUUUCUAACAACAAUUUCUCUAGCACAAUACCCUUUGAACUAGAAAAUCUAACAUUCUUGAAUACUCUAGACUUGUCUUUUAACAAUUUAUAUGGCGAGGUUCCUAAAGGAGGUGUCUUUAGCAAUGUCACGGCAAUUUCACUAACUGGAAAUAAGAAUCUUUGUGGAGGGAUACCUCAACUGAAGCUUCCUGUGUGUUUUAGGGCUCAUUCUAAAAAACACAAAAGAUCUCUGAAAAAGAAACUUAUCGUCAUCAGUGUAAUUGGGGGGUUUUUGAUAUCUUUCAUAGCCUUAACAUUUGUCCAUUUUCUCACGAGAAAGCCCAAAAGGUUACCUUAUUCCACAUCUUUGCAAAAUGGGAACAUGAGGGUUACUUAUGGUGAGCUACAUGAAGCAACCAAUGGCUUUUCUUCAUCCAAUUUGAUUGGAACAGGAAGCUUUGGUUCUGUUUAUAAAGGGUCUCUUCCUUAUUUUGAAAGACUUGUUGCUGUAAAGGUAUUGAACCUUGAAGCACGUGGAGCAGCAAAAAGUUUCAUGGCCGAAUGUAAUGCUCUUGGAAAGAUGAAGCAUCGGAAUCUUGUCAAGAUCCUAACUUGUUGCUCAAGUAUUGAUUAUAAUGGUGAAGAUUUCAAGGCUAUUGUUUUUGAGUUUAUGCCUAAUGGUAGUCUAGAAAUGAUGUUGCACAAUAUUGAAGGGUCUGAAAAUCAUAAUCUCAACUUUAAACAAAGGAUAGACAUUGCUCUUGAUGUAGCUCAUGCAGUUGAUUAUCUUCACAAUGAUACAGAGCAACCCGUAGUUCAUUGUGAUAUUAAGCCAAGCAAUGUUCUCAUUGAUGAUGAUAUUGUAGCCCACUUGGGAGACUUUGGCUUAGCUAGGCUCAUUCAUGGAGUCACAGGACAUUCAAAUAAUGAUCAAGUUAUUUCCUCCACAAUUAUGGGAACUAUAGGAUAUCUUCCUCCUGAAUAUGGAGCAGGUUGUCUAGUUUCCCCAGAGGGAGAUAUCUACAGUUAUGGGAUUCUACUAUUGGAAAUGGUCACUGGAAAGAGACCAAUAGAUACCAUGUUUAAUGAGAAUCUAAAUCUACACAAACUCUGUAAGAUGAAAAUUCACGAAGGAAUUCUCGAGAUAGUAGAUUCACAUUUGCUUAUGCCAUUUCUUGAAGAUCAACGAGUUAUGGAAAACAACAUAAGGGAGUGUCUAGUGAUGUUUGUUAAAAUAGGAAUAGCUUGUUCUGAAGAAUUUCCUACUCAACGAAUGCUCAUUAAAGAUGUUAUAGUGAAGUUGCUUGAAAUUAAACAAAAGUUGCACUGCUAGGCACUUUUACCACUAUGAUAAGAAAAUAAUGGUGUUCACAUGAUGGACAAGUCUUGUAUUUGCCACGUAUAUAGUGGGAAAAAAUUUGUGUUUUGUAUUCAGUUAGUAUGGUUUUGUUAAGAAAUGUUGUUGGUUGUUGUCAUUAACUUUACUCAGUUUAUAAGAACAUUAUAUUAUAUGUAUAAGAGUUGUGAUUAAAAUUCCAAACACUCCAGUUAUUCAGUUAUAGAGUUACGAUUUUUUGGUUUAAGAAAA